AUGCACAUUGUACACUUUCUUGCCCAUGCACCACUUGGUAUUCUGCAUGCCCUUUCCUCGAUCACCAAGACUCUUUUGAUACUCCUUGUGUUGCGCAUUCACUUAUCGGCAUGGGCCGCCUCCUUCUCACUUCGGGGCAGGUCUCGGUCCUCUUGUCCAUUACCAUUGUCUUCUUCUUCACACUUGCCCUCUUCCUGUCGGGAUGGGUAUUGCAGCAACGCUAUGUACACUCGCUCCAAGCCGCCAUCAAACCACGACUGCCCAAGCCGUUACCGCCGCCCAAACCAAUAGAACCACCAACGUUGGAUGCGAAAUGGGCGAGGCCCAUGGGCAGCCGUCCAGAGGUGGAUGACACAUAUGCACAGUACAUUUCAGGCUUGACGAUGGAUUGGAGCAGGCUGGGCUACGUGCAGGUUGUGCGCGAGCAUGUGGAACUGUGCAGUGCCGUCAUGCUGCUGUCGGACUUGCAUAGGAUGAAGAGCCCCGCAAAGAGGAUAUUGAUGUUCCCCAAACUAUGGCUUGUAGAGUCUGAAGACAACAAGUACAGCCCUGAGAUGACGACUACGCGGAGACUGCUGCGGACGGCAGCGAGACGGUAUGGAGUGAAACUGAUCCCCAUGGAGCCCCUUGUGGAAGGCGCAGACGACACACUGCCCUCAUCCUACUCGCUAGCCAGUCUGUAUUCACUGGUAGACUAUGAGCGCCUACUGUACCUCCAAGGGCCAGGCGUGCUGCUGGAUGCGUCUGCUCUCGACUCGCUGCUUGCCUUUUCCAAGUCGGAGCCAAUGGCAGCAUACCCCGCCACCGCAGAGCGGACAGACAUGUCGACAUCGCUGCUCAUGGUUCACCCGUCACAGCAAAGUUACAACCAGCUGCGGGCACUGCGGGCAUCGAAGCCGACGUCAGAUCUCAACAUGUUCCGCAAGACAUUUAGCGUGCCUGACUCGCUCAUUUCCGAGUGGUCGCUGUCAAUGGGCAAUGUCGUGUACGAGUCGCAGAACCUGCGGCAGGCAAGCGAAGACUUCAACGCGACGGCAUUUGAGCAAGCGACAACGUUUGUGCGACUGAGCGAUCCCGAACUGCCGGGGCCCGAGUACGACGUGCCGUAUGCUGAGCGGGCGCGGUUGCGUCCGCAGAACUCAGAAGCGCAAGAAGCAUGGAGCGGGCUAUACGAGAGAUUCCGGCAGCGGCGCAUGGAGGUGUGCGGGCUGGACCUGGAGACGUAUGAGGCCGUGGCGGUGUCUGGUGGGGCAGCUGAAACGGAGCGGACAGGUGCCGAGCUCUGAAACGAGCAAAACCAAUGUUUAUGUAUGAAGUCACGUCUAGCAUCUGGGUUGGGUUAGGAACACGAGAGGGUACUUGUGUGCGUGUGUGCGUACGCUGUGUAUACAUAUGUGUUUUUUCUUUUGGGGGUGGGGGGGCAUGGUGUUUUUUUCUUAUUUUUAUGAUUUGGUGCACAUGGAGUUGGGUACUAUGGUGAUGAUACCGUAGACAGUAAGUAAGUAAGUAAUGAAAUAGGGAUGGCGCUAAAGGGGCAUGCAUGUAUGGAUCGGGACCAAUGUGAGAGGGUGCCUGUCCGGUGUGGGCAAGGCUGGGGGGCUGGGGAUGUUGCGGUCAUUGACUGGGAUUCCUCGAUGCUGGUACGCAUGACGCAACAAGCCAUGGCG